GCGGCUCCGUCUCAAACUCUCUCCUCUCUCUCUCUCCCCCCGGCGGCUACUUGCUUCACGGGUCCGUUCUCUCUCGUCUUCCUUUUUCGUUGCUGUGUCUCCCGGUAAUUUUGCCGGAGAUCGUCUUUGUCCGAGGGGUGACAUCUAUUUGUCGUCGGCGUUUUCCUCUCAGAGGACACUGGUCAUAAUCUUGGGAAAAAAGGAUGAGUGGUUUCAGAGCUUUCAAAGCUCAGGUGCCCAUUGAGUGGAGCAAGAACUUAUACAUAACCCUAGUGAGGGGUAUUCCCGGGACCAGGAGGCUUCACAGGCGAACCCUCGAGGCCAUUGGCCUCAGCAAGUGCAACCGUACCGUCAUGCAUUCUAACACUCCAUCCAUAAGGGGAAUGGUUCAACAGGUUAAGAGGUUGGUCGUCGUUGAGACAGAAGAGAUGUAUAAAGCUCGGAAAGAGGCAUCGGCUAAUCACAAAGCACUUCGCCCGCCUCUUGUUUUCAAUCAUCUCUCAGGUUCUUCUACAGACUCGGGAAAUAAGUCUUGAACGAUUCAUCAGCUGGCAAGGUCUCUCAUCCUCGUUUACUCAAAGAUGUGGGCGUCAAACUUUGCGUUAAAAACCGUGUUUGAUCUUGGGGAAGUUAUGAUUAUCUUCAAGAAACUUAGUCUGGUUUCACUACACCAGGUUCCUCUUUAAUGUUCCUGCUGUAUACACCGAAUUGGAAGUCUUUUACAAUGCUGCUUUGAAGCUUUUGAAACAAAAAAAAUCUUUUUUUUCCUU